GGCCCAAGGAGCUAGAGGAGCAGAGAGGCUGAGACCAACCCAGAAACCUCCAGCGCUCACAACGCAAGCUCCCUGCUCCCCACCGACAUGAAGGUCUCCGCCACACUUCUGUGCCUGCUGCUCACGGCCGCCGCCUUCGGCAUCCAGGUGCUCGCCCAGCCAGGUUCAGUUUCCAUCCCGAUUACCUGCUGCUUCAAUGUGGUCAAAAGGAAGGUCCCCCUGCAGAAACUGGAGAGCUACACGAGGGUCACCAACAGCCAGUGUCCCCAGGAAGCUGUGAUCUUCAAGACCAAAGCUUCCAAGGAGAUCUGUGCUGACCCCCAGCUGAAAUGGGUCCGGGAUAACAUGAAGCACCUGGACCAAAAGUCCUCAACCCAGAAGCCUUGUACCUUUGCACCUGGACCGAGAGACAGAGCCUGAAGAAAAUCUUAUUUAUUUUCCCCCAACCCUCCCCAAGGGCAGAGCGAUCUUAUUUUAUUACAAUGUACAACAAGAGGCAUGUUGUAUAAUAAUUUAAAGCACAUUUCUCAAAUAAUAUUUAAUGAUAUUUAAGUUAUUAACAUUUUGACUUUAUCUGCCAUAAAUCCUGGCGAACAUAAAGCACAGAAUCCGUGGCAUGUUUUCUUUUCUGUGAGCUCAGUCAAGUUCAUGGCAGGAUGUCAAUGUUCUCCCUCCAAUGUGUCUACAGUAUUGUGAGGUCCUUUUGGGGAUCAUCAGAGUGAAACAUUUCUGUAUUCUUGUGAAUCAUCACUCCUGUAUGUCAAAGGUCUGCUGUGUAGUGUGGUUGAAGUUAAUGUUAUUUAAUGACUAUGGAAUUUUCAAAAAAAAAAAAAGAAAUAUAGGACUCUAAGCUA